UUUGUCAUUUGUUUAGCUUAUUGGUUGCGCAAACUUCUAGUAUAUAUACCCGUUUACUGCAAUGUUAAAUCAUUUAAAUAAUUCAACAGCAAGUAUAUAGCAUCAAUACAAAAUACAAUUUUGGAUACGUUUAUAUCUGCGCUUGAUAAACGAAAUAUAAAAUCAAAAUGAGUCAAAUCAAUGACGAAGAAAUUGCCAGCGUUGUCAUUGACAACGGCUCCGGAAUGUGCAAGGCGGGGUUCGCAGGCGAUGACGCUCCCCGGGCGGUGUUUCCUGCGCUCACCGGGCGCCCAAGGUUCGACAUCGUGAUGGCGGGAAUGGGCGGGAAAGACACGUACAUCGGAGACGAGGCACAAAGCAAACGCGGAAUUCUGUCGCUUCGUUACCCAGUUGAGCACGGCAUUGUCACCAACUGGGACGAUAUGGAGAAGAUCUGGCAUCACACAUUCUACAACGAGCUCCGGGUGGCGCCCGAGGACCAACCCGUGCUGCUGACAGAGGCGCCUCUUAACCCCAAGGCCAAUAGGGAACGUAUGACUCAGAUCAUGUUUGAGACAUUCAACACGCCGGCAUUCUACGUCGCUAUUCAAGCUGUAUUGUCACUGUAUGCGUCUGGGCGGACGACGGGGGUUGUUUUUGACGCUGGUGACGGUGUAUCCCAUGUGGUACCUAUCUACGAGGGGUACGCGCUGCCACACGCUAUUGAGCGCAUGAAUCUUGCCGGAAGGGACCUCACACACUAUCUUAAGAAAAUCCUGACUGAGCGGGCAUACAAUUUUACAUCUUCGUCUGAAACGGAAAUAGUGAGGGACAUAAAGGAGAAACUGUGUUACGCGGCCUUGGACUUUGAAAGUGAAAUGGACUCAGCAGCGAAAUCUUCAGUCGUUGAAAAGAGCUACGAGCUCCCUGACGGUCAGGUGAUCACCAUUGGUAACGAGCGUUUCCGGUGCGUGGAGGCUCUGUUCCAGCCAUCCUUCCUGGGCAUGGAGAACGGUGGCGUCCAUGAGCUGCUGCACAACUCAGUCCAAAAGAGCGACAUCGACAUCCGGCGGGACCUUUGGAACAACGUGAUCCUCUCCGGUGGCUCAACGAUGUUUCCCGGCAUCGCCGACCGGAUGAAGAAGGAGCUUGAUGCGCUGGUUCCCGCCAACAUGAAAGUGAAGGUCAUCGCGCCGCCCGAGCGGAAGUACUCGGUGUGGAUCGGCGGCUCCAUCCUGUCCUCACUCACCUCCUUCAGCCAGAUGUGGAUCUCCAAGCAGGAAUACGAAGAGUGCGGACCAGGCAUCGUCCAUAGGAAGUGCUUCUAAACUCAAACAGUACAUAUGGAACAAACGCUGUGUACUGUGAAAAGAUAAUUGAUUUGUAUAUAUUCUUGUACAUAAGGUUUUACUUCUUACAUCGUGCAAUAUUUGCCUGUAUAUAGACUAUUAGUUUAUUUGAGCAUGCAUUUAUAUGCUUUAAAUUGACUGUUAGUUUAUACUAAUGUAUUUAUGCUCGACUGUGACGAAAGCUAUUAGCUUAUAGAACCACGCUCAAGUACAUUUUCUGGGUGGAAACUAGAACUGUCGUCCAUUUCGAGAGGUCAUGAGAAUGUACGUUUGGUGGGGUUCGAACCCAAAACCUCUUGGGUGAGAGGCGGACACCAAUACCACUAGACAUCUCUGACCGUCAAACUCAUGGUUGAUUGUCGUCCUCAUUAUUGUGUACAUAAUAACUAUCAAACGCAUUCACUUUGCAUAUUUAUCAGACAUUUAUCAGAUUUAAAAUCAUCAGUUAUAAUCAUUUUUGCCUCAGAGUAUAUCAUCUUUGUUUGAUUUAUUUUAUAAAAAUGCAUUACUUUGUGAUAUUUCAUUCAUGAAUUACUGGAUAAUAAA